AUGGCACACAAAACUGGUUUCUGCGACUUCUGCUACGUGAACGUUUUGGGGGCGAAGAAGUCAUGGGGUUAUCACCACCCAAGCGCAUCGUCCCUUACGAGCUCUGCUCGCCGAGGCUGCACCUUCUGUAGUCUUCUGCAUGAAGACGUUCUAAUGCAUCGCUCGCUCCUGCACAAACAUGAACACCAAAACACCAGCUUAAAGCGAUUUCUGCAUGAGGACGUCGCAAGAGUUGACAAACUACAGCCAGGCCAGGGCUCGGUCGUAUCUUUACACCGAUGGAGUAUUCGUAGCUUGGGACGUUCCCGAGAGACCAAACACGAAGUAGCAAUCACAUUUCGAAUUGUACCGAGGCAACUCAAUGAUGAGAAUAACGAGAAUCACGAGGGAAAGCCACGAACCUUUGGAAUACCGGAACGAGUUUUCUACUGUUUCCUCGAAGAAGAAGUUGAUGGUUUAUUGUCUGCCGCUGAGCUUGGUACGAGCACAAAUCCUGCGUUCAAUGGUGGCCAGCAGAUCAAGGACUGGAUUAGGGCUUGUGGUAUUGGACACAAAUACUGUCCUAAGCGCGCUGGCUCGGCGAGCAAGUUCAUUCCCACACGACUACUACACAUCGGCGGUCACCGUACAGGGGAUCGGCUGCGGGUAGUUAACACCAAGCUUAACAAUGUCAAGGGACCUUACGUCACCCUAAGUCACUGUUGGGGAAAAGAUCCGUUGGUGACUCUGAACUCUAGUACUCUUGAAGAGUUCAUGCUUGUCGGUUUGCCGUGGCGUAAAUUGUCAAACACUUUUAAGCAGGCCAUUGAGGUGGCGUGGUUCCUCGAAGUUGACUACAUUUGGAUUGAUUCUCUCUGCAUCAUGCAAGGAGAUGCUGCCGACUGGAAGCAUGAAGGCUCUCGGAUGGAACAAGUGUACAGAAACUCAUUCUGCAACAUCGCUGCUGCCGAUUCGGAGAACGGUGCUGGAGGCCUCUUUCGGCAAAGAGAGGCACGGGACGUCAUACCAGCUACUCUGGACCCCAAUGAUGCGUCUCAUAUCCUGGGUAAGCAACGGUGGGUAGUUGUACGUGGCGAUCUGUGGGAUCAAGGCCUUCUCGAGAAGCCGUUGUACAAACGCGGUUGGGUUUAUCAAGAGCGUAUGCUUGCACCUAGGAUCUUGCAUUUCAGCAAACAUCAAAUCUUCUGGGAUUGUACCGAGAUGAGCGCUUGCGAAACUCUUCCGGCUGGGUUACCUUUGCCUUUAGACCAGCAGUCGGCACGGGAUCGCCAUUGGCGUGGGCGUCUACAGGAGAGUACAAGGGGUACGACACUGCUUUCUGGGGUCAAUGACGACUCGCUCGAUGACCUAUGGAGAGCAACAGUCAGAGACUACACGGGCCUUGAUCUCACUAAUCAGACCGACAAACGUAUGGCAAUUUGGGGCGUGGUAAAACGGCUUCGAGAAAUGCAAAGCGAAGAGUACGUUGCUGGAAUGUGGGAGGGAGCUCUUGAGGAGCAGUUGGCUUGGAGAGUUGUAGACUGCACAACCAGCAAACGGCCUCCGGAGCUGAGCGCAAACCCAACCUGGUCUUGGACUUCUAUGCAAGGGACUAUAUUGAGCCCGAACAGAUCGGAUUGGUGGCAAAGAAGUUACAUUAUUCAAGAUCACGCUGGCGAUAGGAUCUGGUUUGACGUUGGUGAGCAAGGAAUUCGACCAAGAAUGCCGGCAAGAAGUUCAGGAAGCGCUAGCGAUAUGACAAGGGAAUUAGACUUGUCAAUCGAGAGACGGCGUCAUUCAAGUUCGACGGCACGUGCGAGCUCGCACCCAGACGUACGUGGAUCUUCAGACGCUGCUCAAACGCCUCGCCCCCUGUUUAGGACAAGGACUUCAUCGCCGCUACGAAUGGAACACACGCCUCGCAUACCCAGUUCAAGGCAAGGAACGCAACAAUCCGAUGCACAGCAAAAUUCGCAGACGUCGCCUGAUGAAAGGCGAGAGAAAGAGCCAACCUUGAAAAGUAAUAAAAUUGCGAUGCAAGGCUUUCUACACGCAGGCCGUCUGAGCCAAACGCAACCCCGCGCAUGGUAUUUGAAGAUUCCCCACGCAUUCGACGAGACCGAUAAGAUCGACGUGUUUCCCGAUAUCAUCCCGAGUUUGGACGACCUCGACACGAUAUUUGUUGUGAUUGCAUUGACGGAACGCUCCAACAAGGUCGAAACAGAUACCAUGCCGGAAGAAGCAGAAGAGGAAGUUUGGUUUGAAGGUCAUGGUCUCUUAUUACAAGAAGCAAAUGAGCCUUGGUGCUUUCGGCGGACCGGUGUCCUUGACAUUCGCCAUCUGAGCUACAAGACUUGGCAAAGCCUUCUGACAACGAGCAGCAGCCUACCAGGCUCGAUAUUGGAGACGGACACAACUCCUUGCAAGAACUUUUACAUAGAGUGA